AUGAAAUUGGACGCCCACAACGUCAACAGCCGCACCUCGAAGCGACCGGCAGAGAUGCCCUCUUGGCUGAACGAGGCCUGCGAAUACUCCCUGACUGCUGCUCGGCAGUCAAUUCAUUUCUUAUCAAGCAUCUUUCGCAUAAACGAGCUUGUCAAGCAAAUGCCAUAUAACGGCUAUUUCAUGAGUAGCUCCGCUUUCACUUUGAUUUAUGACUUUAUGCAUGAUCCAAGCUCUGCGCCUUCUCAUCUUCGCUGGGUAUACGCCGCACUGCACAACCUGUCCACGAUGAAGCGCGAAGAGCCGACGACGAGUACCAUCUCAGCUAUACAAACCACGCUUCGCAACAUAGAUCCCUCCUAUGAAUGGUCCCCAAACCCAAACUCCGCCAAGGAACCUGUCCAGACAGGCGCUUUUCAGAUUAUGCUGCCAGAGCCUCGUGCACCAAGCCAGGAACAGCCCAUUCAGGAGGACUUAGCAAUUCCGACGAAUUAUCGACUGGGCCCGCGACCUGAUCCCCGCACAUCCCAAUGGUCCUAUCCUGCGCCCGAAGGCCCUGAGACUGGUCGCUCCGGUGGCUCGAGCGAUGAUUUGCCGGACUUCACCCAGUCUGAAAUGGGAUGGGACUUUGAUUUCUCAACCAUGGAUCUCGAGGCAUUCUUUUCGGUUUAUCCGUCAUCUGCUUCGACAUUUCCUUUUGGGAAUAUGAGUGGAUGA